UCGCUCAUUGUGCGCAUUUACAUAAGGCCCAUCAGCCGGCCCACUCAUUACCAUGUUUUAUAUCCCCUGCGCCCAGAAAGCAUCAUGGCAAAGUAGCUCCAUCCUCCCCUCAAAAGGGAAGUCGGACUUGUCAGAGGUGCCAGCAGCGGAAGACCACGGCUCUGGCCUGAAGGAGAAACUUAUUUAAUUCCUAUGACUUUUCUUUAACCUUUUCAGCCUGGUGCCUUGCCUCCACUUACCCACAGCUUACCUAUGAUACAUUUUUGAUGUUUUCUAAGAUGGUAUCCAAGCUGACAUCCCUACAGCAGGAGCUCCUCAGCGCGCUGUUGGACUCUGGAGUUUCCAAAGAUGUGCUGAUCCAGGCGCUAGACGACAUGGACCCGAGCCCGGCGAGCUUCGGGGUCAAACUGGAGAAUAUGCCCCUGUCUCCACAGAGCGGCAAAAUGAACGGCAACGACUCGGACUCCAAACCCGUCUUUCACCAGCUCACCAACGGCCACAGUAAAGGCAAACUGUCCGGGGACGAGGGCUCGGAGGACGGCGACGACUACGACACGCCGCCGAUCCUGAAGGAGCUCCAGUCACUCAACACCGAGGAGGCCAUCGAGCAGCGGGCCGAAGUGGAGCGCAUGUUAGCCGAGGACCCAUGGCGUGCUGCCCGCAUGAUCAAAGGUUACAUGCAGCAACACAACAUUCCCCAGAGAGAAGUGGUGGACAUUACGGGUCUGAACCAGUCUCACCUCUCACAGCACCUCAACAAAGGCACACCCAUGAAAACCCAGAAGCGUGCGGCCCUCUACACCUGGUAUGUCAGGAAACAGAGGGAAAUUCUCCGACAAUUCAACCAGGCCCCAGGUGCUGGUGGGAACAUCUCAGACAAAGGCAACCAGGAUCCAAUAUAUUUUUACCCAGAAUACAACCCUGGUCAAAUGGGACAGUCUGGUGAUGAUGUAAGUGAACCAUCCUCCAAGAAAAUGAGGCGCAAUCGUUUCAAGUGGGGUCCUGCAUCUCAGCAAAUCCUGUACCAGGCCUACGAGAGGCAGAAGAACCCCAGCAAAGAGGAAAGAGAAGCUUUGGUAGAAGAAUGCAACAGAGCUGAGUGUCUUCAGCGAGGAGUAUCACCUUCCAAAGCUCAAGGUCUGGGAUCUAACCUAGUCACUGAAGUCCGAGUUUACAACUGGUUUGCAAAUCGACGUAAAGAAGAAGCUUUCAGGCAGAAACUGGCUAUGGACGCUUACAGCACGCCAACCCACAGCAUCAACCCACUGCUGUCCCAUGGAUCACCUCAUCACCAGACCAGCGCAUCCCCUCCCAGUAAGAUGACAGUGCGGUAUAGCCAGGGUGAAGUCACUUCCUCGUCCAGCAUCAGUCACCACAGCAGCAACGCCAUGGCGACCACUCAGUCGGUGCUACAGCAGGUGUCUCCAGGAGGAUUGGACCCCAGCCACAGUUUGCUGUCACCUGACGCCAAGAUGAUUUCGGGCUCGGGUGGUGGACUUCCUCCAGUGAGCACAUUGACCAACAUUCACAAUUCCCAUCACAGUCACCAGCAGACGCAGAACCUUAUCAUGCCUCUAUCAGGAGUCAUGGCUAUUGCACAGAUGUCAACAGGUUUAAAUACGUCCCAGUCCCAAACAGUGCCAGUGAUCAACAGUGUGGCAGGGAGUUUAGCAGCACUUCAGCCCGUCCAGUUUUCUCAGCCGCUCCACAGCCCACACCAACAAAGUCUGAUGCAGCAGUCUCCAAGCCAUAUGAGCCAGCAGCCGUUUAUGGCCACAGUCACACAUUCACAUAUGUAUCCACAUAAACAAGAACCACCACAAUAUUCUCACUCGUCACGGUUCCCCUCAGCGAUGGUUGUCACGGAUGCCAAUAGCAUUAGCACACUCAGCUCCAUGUCCUCUAGUAAAACGGACAUACCUGUAAACAAGAUGGUCCAACUUGGGGGCCUCUCUUGGUGUCCACUUCAAGCUUGGUGAGCGCAUCCACCUGACUUCCCUGGUGCCCGGCAACUGCAGCACAUUUUCCACCCUCACGCAGCCGUAACCCAUGACAACGAGUAAUAACCAACAAGCACCGAACUGAAAGAUGAGUCAGUCGACAAACACAGAGAGGACUGCAAUGUGCAAAGUGAAAAUGGUGCAAAGAAGAAGGACUCACCUGGAAGCUAGAAGAUGGCCUAAAGACUGUUGCACACCAAUGAUCAACACGGACAUUGAAAUUUUAUAUAUUUUUUGCUUCAACUACAAUCUGAUAACAGUAUUACAUUUUUCUAUUCCUUGUUUUAAUUUUCCCUGCUUUUGUGACAUCGGAACAAAAACAGCAAGCACCAAAAAUUUUAAAUGGACCUAAAUGAAGGAAAAUUUGAAGCACAUUGAUUUUAAAUGAGAAAGAGACUCUAAAAAAGACUGCAUCUAUUUUAUGGAUGCCCUUGGCUGUUCUGUCACCUCACACACAGGUGGAAAUGUUCGACAAUCACAAUAGCCUAUUAUGCAUUUGAAAGAUUGACUUUACUGACCUAAACUAUGUCUUCCAUGUUAUUCUUUCACAUUUGGUUUCUCUAUAUUACUGGACUGCUUCAUUUUAAGUUGUUGAAUGUUUAUACUGUGAUUGAAAGGACUUUGACAAUCUUAUUUACUAUGCAAUAUUUAUACCAACUCCUUGGUCUAACUUGAUGAAGGGGGGUACAUUCCCUUACCAAAUGUUCAGAGUUGAUAAAAGCUUCUCGCAAAAGCACACAAAAACCAGCAACUGUGUAAAAAGCUAUGCCAAAGGAUAAUUUUUCGAGUUCACCUCUCAAAGUUGACCUGCAAAGUUUAUGAACCAGUUUUGCCUUAGGGGAGGUUUGACUCAUGCCUUAACUGUGUCCCGUACUCUUCCAUAGAAACCUCUGGCUCAUGUUUGUGCACACAUUCAGGUGCAUUUUAGAAAUAGGUCUCUCCACUCCUCCCCUCUCCCACUUCAACUACAAUGUGAAAAGACACCACAUAGGCCUUUAGACUAUGCCCCCUUGGGUAGAAUGAAAAUAUUGACAAGUAUUUAAAACCAAAACAUUAUCCUAAUUAUCUGGUAUAUUGAAUGGGGCAUCAAAGACUGCCUUGUUAUGACAGCAGCUAGUGUAAUCAUACAGGAAUCUACUGUGAAGGAAGAGGAGCACUCACACACACACCCAUCCAUGUCUCAAACAUAUCUAGGAUCCAAAGACUCCUUCAUCUGUUCAACAUUAGGUCACUCUUAUUAUUGUACUGGUUGUUGUGACUGUUAUUGGCACACUGACUGCCAUGUAAUCAGACACUUGGAAUUGUGUGACAGGAAGUGAUUUAUUUCUUAUUGUA